CAUCAUGGCGGCCGCUGUGAGACUCGUGUCGAGGCUGACCCUGGUCACCGGCGGAGGCAGCGGGAUCGGACGCGCGGUGUGCCAGCGCUUGGCGUCCGAGGGCGCCUCCGUGGUGGUCGCUGACAUCAGUGAGGAGUCGGCCAAUGAGACGCUGGGCAGCCUGCAGAGAGGCCUCAGAGGGCAGGGUCACAUGGCGGCUGUGGUGGACGUCUCGUCCAAAGAGAGCGUGACGAAGCUGAUCACAAGUAUACAGACUCGUUUCUUCCAGCCUCCCUCGGUGUGUGUGAACGCAGCCGGCAUCACCCAGGACGACUUCCUGCUCCACAUGACGGAGGAGCAGUUCGACAAAGUCAUCCAGGUCAACCUGAAGGGUUCCUUCUUGGUCACGCAGGCCGUGGCUCAGGCCCUGGUCGCCUGUGGAGCAACCAAAGGAUCCUUGAUUACUGUUGGCAGCAUUGUGGGGAAGGUGGGAAACAUUGGACAGGCAAAUUAUGCCGCCUCUAAAUCCGGAGUGGAAGGUUUAACCAGAACUGCAGCCAAAGAGCUGAGCAGGUUCGGGAUCCGGUGUAACUGUGUGCUGCCGGGCUUCAUAUCCACGCCCAUGACGGAUAAGGUUCCAGAGAAGGUUAUUACCAAGAUGAAAUCUCUGGUGCCAAUGGGAAGAAUGGGCGAACCUGCAGAGGUCGCUGAUGUUUGUGUCUUUCUCGCCUCCGACGACUCCCGGUACAUCACGGGCGCGAGCAUCGAGGUCACAGGUGGACUUUUCAUUGGCUGAAUCGAACGGCCGUCACGCUGCUGAAGACCAAUGGGAGGAGAGCUCCUUCGUAGUUCAUUUAAUUAUUAAAGGGAAGAGAUUCUGCUGUUUGUGGCUCUUUGAUUAACGUUGAAUGUGUUUUAUAAAUCAUGCACUAAAGUGUAAAGAUUGUUUUUGUGUUAAUAAAUACCUGAUGUUUGUGUAGUGAAA